AAACUAAUCCCUUAUAUAUUAAAAGAGGAGCAUUGUAGUUAAUGCUUUCACAUCAACUUGUACACGUGUCCAUUGGAGAGACACUCUCCCAAAUAAAUUUCCUUAUUCACCGUUUCUAUAGGCGGAUUUCGUAGAGAGUUUCCUUACUCUCCCAAAAUAAAACCAACUACAUGUAUGUAUAGCUUUUUCAAGAAAUUUUGCUAUGAGUUCUCACAUAAAGCUAAUGCUUUGGAGUUCUCUCUUCCUCUUUCUUACCCACCUUUUACUUCAAACCCACUGUUAUAAAAGAAACCUUCGGAGUUCUACGUGGUGACCGAUUCAGGAAACGACGACACAGAAACCCCCAAGCCCGGAACGUUAAUACACGAUGUGUAGCAAGACGAGCUGCUCUAGAUCAUCUUCCAGCGAGACAUGACCAUUCAUCUCAAAGAAGAACUCAUCAUGAACUCUUUCAAGACCAUCGAUGGUUGUGGCGCGUCCGUGCACAUCGCUGGGAGCCUUGCAUGACGAUCCAGUAUGUGACCAACAUUAUAAUCCACAGGAUUCAUAAACAUGACUGCAAGCCAGGUGGGCACGCUAAGGUGCGAAGCUCCCUACGACAAUACGGGUGGAGAACGAUAUUGGACGGUGACGGUGUGUCGAUCUUUGGAGGGAAUCAUGUUUGGGUUGAUCACUGUUCAUUGUCUAACUGUGAAGACUGGCUUAUUGAUGCUAUAAUGGGCCCGGCGGCGAUUACUCUGUCUAACAAUUACAUGACGUAUGAUGAUAAGGUCAUGGUGCUUGGUCAUAGUGAUACUUAGACUCGUGACAAGAAUAUGCAAACUAUGAGCAUCCUUGAACUAUAAAGAGUAUCAUUACUCUGUCUAACGUUGUUCUUAAACAUGACUUAUUCUUCUCACAUAACUUUCUUCUUCAAUGUGAUCAAACUAUGAGCAUGCUUGAACUAUAAAGAGUAUAGAAGAGUAUAGAGAGUCCCAAGAAGAGAUAGGAAAAGAGAAGAUGAUGACGUCCCAAGAAGAGAUAAGGAGUUCUCUGUUACUCAAGAGGACAAAACGGAGAGGCUGAUGACGUCUUUUUCGUUUUCUCUUAUAAGGGAUUUGUGAUACUAUAAUGUAUUCAACGUACCAUUAGUUUGUUACGUGAGAACGCCGAAGCAUUACGAUAACGUUACGUGAGAACUCCAUAACUUCUGAAGGCAAACAGAAUGGAGAAAUUGUAACUUCUGAUUUUUGGUUAACCGAACCGAACCGGUCGGUUCCGAGUUGGAAAGUCUAUUGAAAUCUGCGAAGAUAACCAAUUCGUUGGUUGCUGGCCAAGGCAAAAAAUAUAUUGGAAAUCAACGAAGAUAACCAGGUAUGGCAAUAUAAUAAAAUCGUAUUGUGCUGGCCAAGGCAAAUAUGUAUAAUAAUCAAUUCGAUUUUAACGGGGAUUUUAAGUUACAAGCCUUAGGGUUUUACUCUUAUAUAAGACACACGUCCGCAACCAUUCUUACUCAUCUCAAUCACUUAAAACCUAAAUACUCUACCCUCAUUCUUCUAUAAUGGCUGCGAUAAAUGUUAUGUCGGAUUUGAAACCGUUCAAGACUAUGUGGAAGAUUACGGUCAAGAUCAUACGUUUGUGGAAGCAAUAUUCGGCGGCCGGUGGCCUAACCAUUGAGAUGGUGCUAAUCGACUCUAACGUAAGCAUCCUAUACUGAUCAUGUUACUAAUAUUGUGUUGGAUUAAUGUGUCAUUGUCUAAAAGUUGAAUAUUUGAUUUGUUUUUUUCAGGUCUAGCCAUAAAUAUUGUUUUAUGUAUUGUUGUUACAUACUGAUUAGCUCUAGCCAAAAAUAUUGUUUUCACUUUGUCGUUUCGGUCAACUUUUAUAAACAGAUGAUCGAAGUAUAUCAAAUGCGUAUAAUGUGUCUGCUCUAGCUAUAAUCCCUCAAUGCAUGAAGUUGCAGCUUUGGAAGCAGUGUAUGGAUGAACUUUUAAUGCCUAUAAUAGUGAUUUCCUCAGUUUUAUGUGAAGUUAAAAUUUGUGAACUGGUUCUUAAUAUCAUGCAGGCUCAAUUUGUAUAUGUAUUAAUUUUAUUGUUUAUGUAUAUAACUAGAUUUUCUGUAUAUGAAAAAAAAAAUUUAAAGGACGAAUCAAUUUUAUUUUUAAUUCAUUUUAUGUUAGCAUAUUAACUUUCGAUUGUUAUAUUGACCAAAACAAUUGUUUCUAUGUUAAUUAAUGGUAUGUUUAUAUAUUUAUCAAUCACUUUUUUAUUUUUACAUAUACAUAUAUAUGUUUAUAUAUAUAUAUAUGUAUAUAUAUAUAUGUAAUUUAAGUGAAUAUCUAUACAGUUAAAUGUUCACCGUAAGUGAGCUUUCUAAAUCAAUAGGAAUUUCGAAAAAACAGUAUUUUAAUGGUUCAUUUGACUAUUAACUAAAUUGUAAUGAAAUGUAUUUUUUUAAAUUUUUUUCUUCAAUUUUGUAUCUGUUUAGAAAUUUAAAUAUGAUAUGAAAGCUUAACUUCAGUAUUGUCUAAACUUCAUAUAACAUGAAACCAAAUAAGUAGAUAUAGUCUUCCGGUUAUGACCAUAAAAUCAAAAACUUCAACCAUAUUAACGUCGCCAAUCUAUAUCCUCCUCAUUAACACCCGAAACAAUCAAUCCAAAACAAAUUAAUAUCCAAAUUAAUCAGAGUUAAUGUUUUUUUAUCUCGCAAAUUACAAAUUCAAUCAUUUCAUCCCGCGCAAGGCGCGGAUUAUCACCUAGUUUUAUUAUUAUUUGAAAAUAAUUAAAAAUCUUGCCUUUUUUCUUUUCUCACUCUCUCUCUGAGUGUUCACACUGUAAGUUGAUCUUCAUCUUGAAACUUUGAAUCGCGUAAUGAUGAUCAAGCAAGUUAAGUAGCCUAGCUUACUACUACUACUACUCCACCGGAGAGAUCUGGCCCUCCGUCUCAUUAACGAUGAUCACCGACGCCGUGAAUCCUCUCUCCGCAUCCGACCACAAAAGGUGGCUUGUGUUACAGCACCAUGGUUUCUUUCCAUCUUCAUCAAUAUGCUUCCAUGGGAAAGUGGUUUUGGGAACACCACCAACAAAGGGAAGAAAUAUAUCAAAUGCAUUCAAUACUGUCCCAGUCUCCGUUCUCGAUACAUUGGUCCACCCGUUCUUUGAUGAGCUUAGAGAUCCCCUAAUGCACGUUUCUUUCCUUCCACCACUAUUCAACUUCAAGCCUCAUGAGCUUAAAGGUGUGCGCGUGCCCGUGGAGAUAAUGGCUAAGUUAGUACCUGAACAUGCAGAGGAAGCAGGGUCCAUGGCUCGGUUUGUGAUUUUAUCUGCUGUUAACUUGAUUUUCUUUUCUCUUGGGCUUUGAACAUUCUCAUAUUACUAUUAUUACAUUAUGAAUAUUGUAUAUUUCUUUUGUUAUCAUACAAUUAGUACCCAAUUAGCUCC